UCCGGUUCUUUACCCUCGUUGAGCGCCAUUUUCAACAAAAAUGAAUUGAAGAGGGAAGAAAGCGCCAAGAAAUUUUGUUAUCAUAAUGGAGGUCGACGAGACCCCAGAAACCACAGAACAAGUCUCCAGACCUGUUAAUCUGGAAACAGAUUUUGGUCCAAUAGAAAUCCCUCCUGCACCGGAGUCUGUGGCAUCUUAUGAAGUGAAUGGACCACGUCUUAUGAUAUCAAAAAUUGUCAAUGAAAAUUUCAAAUCCUAUUCUGGGGUUCAAACAUUGGGGCCCUUUCACAAGAGUUUCACAUCUAUCGUGGGUCCCAAUGGAAGUGGGAAGUCAAAUGUCAUAGACUCCAUGCUAUUUGUUUUUGGGUUUCGGGCCAACAAGAUCCGAUCCAAGAAGAUAAGUGUGUUAAUUCACGACAGUGAGAACCACAAGAACCUGGACUUCUGUACUGUGGGAGUACACUUCCAAAAGAUCAUUGAUACCGGGGAUGGUGAGAAUGAUUACACAGUGGUUCCUGGGUCAGAGUUUGUGGUCUCCCGUACCGCACACAGAGACAAUAGUUCUUAUUACACAGUAGACGGGAAACGUAAGACCUACAAAGAGGUAGCCACCAUUCUGAGACGAAGUGGUAUAGACCUGGAUCACAACCGCUUCCUGAUUCUGCAGGGAGAGGUGGAGCAGAUAGCAAUGAUGAAACCUAAAGGUCAGAAUGAGAAUGAUGAUGGAAUGUUGGAGUUUCUGGAAGACAUCAUUGGAAGCAAUCGAUUCAAGGAGCCUAUCGAAAUUCUGGCCAAGCGGGUGGAGACACUGAAUGAACUUCGCGGCGAAAAGCUAAACAGAGUUAAAGCUGUGGAAAAGGAAAAGGAUGAUUUAGAGGGAUCCAAAAAUGAAGCAGUGGAAUACCUAAGUAUGGAAAAUGAAAUAGUUCAUCUCAAAAAUAAAAUCUACCAGAAAUAUGUAAUGGAAUGUUCAGAGAAUGAGAAGAAAGCUCAAGAGGAAUAUGAUAAGAUUUAUGAAGGAAUGAAAGAAGUUAAUGACAAAAUGAAAGUUAUUACUGAUGCCAAGAAAGAAAAGGAAACAGCAUGUAAAAAGAUAGUUAAGGAUUUUGAAAAAUUAACCAAGGAUGUGGAGGAAACGAAAGAGAAGUUUGCAGAAUUUGAGAAACAGGAUGUGAAAUGUAGAGAAGAUUUAAAACACACCAAGGGAAAGACAAAAAAAUUAGAUAAAACUCUGGAACAGGAGAAGAAAAGAGUAGAAGAACUUACCCUUAUGCCAUCAGAGCUGGAGAAGACCAUCACUGACCACAAGAAGAAGUUGGAGAAGUUAGAGGGCGACAAAAAGAUAGAAGAAGAGAAACUGGCCGCGGUCAUGGAGAGCCUCAAGACGGAGACCAAGGGUUUGCAAGAAGAAAAAGACAAGAAGGAAACAGAAUUAUUGGAACUUCAGAAAUCAGUGAAUGAGACCAAGUCUACGUUAAACAUCGCUCAAUCUGAACUGGAUAUCUACCUCAGUAACCAACAGAGCGAGACCAGCAAGCUCAAGGAGAUGCAGAAAAACCAACACAAGGCUGAGAGCACGCUGAAGGACCGAAAAAGUGAGGCUGCUAACCUGGUGAAGAAUAUCCCAGAGAUGGAGAAGCUUCUACAGAAAGCCAAGUCUGACUUGGAGACGGCUGUGGACAGUGAUUCCAAGCUCUCAGAACAGUUAAGAAGUCUUAGAGCGAAGGUGGAGGAGGCCAGAAGCUCCAUGCAGGCAGCCAGGAGUAAAGGGAAAGUGAUUGAUUCCCUGAUGGCACUGAAGAAGAGCGGUCAGAUGCCGGGUCUCUAUGGCAGGCUGGGGGACCUUGGAGCUAUUGACAUGAAAUACGACGUUGCGAUAUCUACCGCGUGUGGAGCGUUGGACCAUAUCGUGGUUGAUACUGUGACCUCCGCCCAGAAAUGUGUGGAGUAUCUGAAGAAGAACAACAUUGGGGCCGCCACUUUUAUCUGUCUCGAAAAGAUGGAGAGAUGGAAGGAACACACCAAAAGGAAAAUUCAAACUCCUGAAACAGUGCCAAGACUUUUUGACUUGGUAAAAACCAAGGAGGAAAAAAUCCUCCCAGCAUUCUAUUUUGCCUUGAGAGACACAUUGGUUGCCAAUGACUUGGACCAGGCUACACGGAUUGCGUACGGGAAAACAAGAUACAGGGUCGUGACCCUGCAGGGACAGCUUCUAGAUCAGUCAGGAACCAUGAGCGGGGGUGGUAAAACUGUAUGUAGGGGGCGAAUGGGAUCGUCGAUAGCAUCCGAGGUGGAUCCUAAAGAACUCAACAACAUGGAGAACUCCCUGGAAAAGGUCACAGCAGAUGCUCAACAAAGCAGGGCCAACAAAGAGAAACUGGAGGAUGUAAUCCAGCAGAACCAGAAGGACUUGUCCUUUAUGAAGCACAAGCUGCAGAAAUGUGAAAUGGAGAUCACAGCAUUAGAAGAGCAAAUAAAGUCCUUGACCUCACAAAUCAAAGAGCAAGAAGGGAAGGUGAAGGCCGCUGCUCCAGAUGAGAAACAGCUAAAAGAUCUAGAGACCAAGGUCAACCAAUAUCGCAAAGACUUUGACAAGGCAAAUGGGGCAGCAUCAAAAGUGGAGGCUGAAGUCCAAAAACUUCACAAGCAGAUAAUGGACAUUGGAGGAACGAAGAUGAAGGCGGCCCAGUCAUGUGUGGACGCUGUCAACAAUAAGAUAGACACGGUCACAGGACAAAUCACCAAGGCCCAGGUCGGAAUCAAAACCGCAGGAAGGAACUUAAAAAAAGCUGAAGAGAAAGUAAAGACAGCUGAGGAAGACAUAGAGGAGAACAAGAACAAGAUUACAGAGCUACAGGCCCAGUUAGAGACCCUGGAGAAUGAAGCUACAACGGUGUUAAAGGCCUACAAGGAUGCUCAGGACAAGAUGAAGGAGUCGGAGGUGGUUCUGAAUGGCGUACAGUCGGAGAUCGGUAAGCUGGAGCAGGAGGAGAACGACCUUCAGAAGGACGUGGUGGAUGUACGACACGAGCUGGAGCGGAUCGAGGGCAUCGUCAAGAGCAACAAGCUGAAGGUCAAACACUGGAGGAAAGAGAUGAGUGGCCUAUCCCUGACCCCCAUUGACGGUAAGGAGGUGGGAGAGUUGACCGAGCUGACCCCUGAGUCUUUGACCGACAUUGACAAGGAAGGGGUGCAAUAUGAGAUCACCGUCCUGGAGGAGAAACUGGCUCAGAUGAAGCCCAACAUGGCCGCCAUCGCCGAAUAUCGCAAAAAGGAGGAGCUGUAUCUACAGAGGGUUGGAGAACUCGACAAAAUCACGGACCUGCGGGACCAGCAGAGGAAGUACUUUGAGGAGCUACGUAAGCAGCGAUUGGACGAGUUCAUGGCCGGGUUCUCGGUCAUCACUAACAAGCUGAAGGAGAUGUAUCAGAUGAUUACGCUGGGCGGGGACGCAGAGCUGGAGCUGGUCGACUCCCUGGACCCGUUCUCUGAGGGCAUCGUGUUCAGUGUGCGACCUCCAAAAAAAUCAUGGAAGAACAUCUCUAAUCUGUCUGGGGGAGAGAAGACCCUCAGCUCCCUAGCCCUGGUCUUUGCUCUCCAUCACUACAAACCCACACCCCUCUAUGUAAUGGAUGAGAUCGAUGCUGCCUUGGAUUUCAAAAAUGUCUCCAUUGUUGCUAAUUACAUUAAGGAGAGGACUAGAAAUGCCCAGUUUAUCAUCAUCUCGCUCAGGAACAACAUGUUUGAGUUGGCCGACCGACUGGUUGGGAUCUACAAGACUGACAACUGUACCAAGUCGGUGACCGUCAACCCCAACAACCUCAUCCUGCCCCUACAGGAAGUCAACGCUAACAGCUGAGGCGAAGUCAGAUCGCUGAUCAACUGAUAAACAGGGACACCUGUUCAUCUAUUAACAUAUGAUCAAGAGGGAUCAAAAUAUAAACAUGUGUGAGUCCUACCUGUUCUUUAGUUGUGAAGGGGCACCUGUUCAAAAGCCCUGUGUCAAGUGUCCUUCUGAGCAUGGUAUCCAAACCUGUAGGAGAAUCCUCCAAGAUACUUGCUAUGGGGUUGGUUAUAUGUAGUUGUACAUAUUUAAAGUUUUAUGCUGCACUUGUAAACUAAUUUU